AUGAAAUCACCGGUCGCACGGUCACCGGUGUUGGAAGAUAUGGAAAGGUCUUCUACAUCGAGCUUGACGGUGAAGGCAAAUUUCCUGUACUUCAUUUCGGGAUGGAAUGCUCCAAGUCAAUUAGCCACCUACUACAGGAAGACACCUAGAAAAGCUUCCUCAGAUUGGCCACCGAAGUUCAUGAAGUUUGUCAUUCAUAUCAGUGACGUGGAGACCGGAGAUAUCACACAAUUGGCAUUCCUAGACGCACGACGACUCGGCCGGAUCCGACUCUGUACUUCCCCGCUUACAGAGCCCCCAAUCUCUACACUUGGUUUCGAUCCUAUACUCUCAAUGCCAAAUAUUGAAGAGUUUAGGAAGGGUGUGCUCAAACGGUCAUGUCCCAUCAAAGCAUUACUCUUGGACCAAUCGUUCAGUGCGGGCGUCGGAAAUUGGGUUGCUGACGAAGUUCUAUAUCAUGCCAGAGUACACCCAGAACAACGCUGCAAGACUCUGUCGCUUCCUCAGCUUCACGCUCUAUACGAGCAAACGUCGAGAAUUUGUCAGAUCGCAGUCGAAGCUAAUGCAGAUGACUCCAAGUUUCCCGAAGACUGGUUGUUCAAGCAUCGCUGGGGGAAGGGCAAGAAGCAAAAACAUACGAUGAAGUUGCCCGAUGGAAAUCCGGCAACAAUAAAGUGGAUUACAGUUGGGGGCCGGACUUCUGCAUAUGUCGCUGAGCUCCAACGACUACCUACCCGUGGCGAGGCUGGUGCUGUCGUGACUGAAGAGAAAGAUGUUGGUGGAGAGAGUGACUUGACGCCUCUGUCUGACGAAGAGCUGGACGCCGCUACACCCCCAACCCGGAAGCGCAAGAAAUCGAAAGCGUCGCUGACACGUCUCUCGCGUGCGAAACGGAGCAAAACUGCCACCGAGAUCACUGGACAGUGGACGUUUGAACACAUACAUACAUCCAGACCAUGA